UCCGUCAUCCGUGUACGGUUCACCCCACCCGGAAUCUUUAUAAAUUCCGUUCCCACGCGCAACAAAAACCAACGGCACACGGCGCCGCCCACCUCAUCCGCCCGUCCGCCACGAGCGCACCGCACGCAACGCAGCGAGCGAUCGCGUCGAGUCGGGUACUCGAGUCUGGCCGAGCCGGCAUGGAUUUCCAGCACCAGCACCACCACCACCACCGCAGCGUCCUCGCGGCGGGGCCGCCGGAGGUAGCUGUGCGGCCGUGGAGCAAGGCGGAGGACAAGGUGUUCGAGAGCGCGCUGGUGAUGUGGCCCGAGGGCGCGCCCGACCGCUGGGCGCUCGUCGCCGCGCAGCUCCCCGGGCGCACGCCGCGGGAGGCCUGGGAGCACUACGAGGCGCUCGUCGCCGACGUCGACCUCAUCGAGCGCGGCGCGGUCGACGUGCCCACCUCCUGGGACGACGACGACGACGCCGGCGGCCCCACCCGCCGCCCCGGCGCGAACCGGGCACGCCGCGAGCCCCGGCGCACGGGGAUAGCCUGGACCGAGGAGGAGCACAGGCUGUUUCUUCAAGGGCUGGAGAGGUACGGGCGCGGGGACUGGCGCAACAUCUCGCGGUUCUCGGUGCGGACGCGGACGCCGGCGCAGGUCGCCAGCCACGCGCAGAAGUACUUCAACCGGCGGCUCAACCCCGCCAGCCGCGACUCCAAGCGCAAGAGCAUCCAUGACAUCACCACCCCGUAGACCUCGCCGCCGACGGCGACGCGCUCUCUCCCGCAGGACAACAAACGCAAGCAAGUAGGAGUUUGUUCAUGACAUGUAAAUAACAUAAUGCUAGUUAUCUUAAAUUAGGCUUAGGUACUUUCAAGAAUUAGGCUAAGGCGGCCAAUGGAUCUCUGCAUUGCUGUGGAUGCAUCAGGACGAGAGUUCCAGCCGGCUGUUAUUAGCACAUGGUUUAGUCUUACUCCUAGUAGAACUAGGGUUAAACAUCUGAUGAAGUCUGACGUGGCGGCGUCGCGUCCUAGUUUAGGUGGAUCGACUAGUAAUGGUGCUUUUAUAUAUGAGAUGAUGAUGAUGAUGGUGUCGAAGUUGGAGUGGA